AUGGGCCGGGCAGGGAGCCCCCAGGGUCCCCAGCGCCCCGCUGGGCUUUCGAGGAACCCAGGGGCGGGUCCUGGUCGCUGCGCAGAGGCGAGGCAGGGUGGAGGGGAAGGGAGGGUACCAGGUUCCCGGAAGGAGCGGGGUGAGGGCGACCAGGGCCGGACCAGCGCGGCAUCCCCCAGGACAGCUGCUGGCUCCCCCAGGACAGCGCGCGGCGACGCCCACGCGCACACAUGCGGACACAAAGACCCGCGCGCCCACGCUCCGCCCUGCGGCUCCAGGCGGCCUCGCUGCCCCGGUUGCACGCACACCGUCCACCUGCACACACCCCGGACUCCCGGGAACACCGGACCUUCAGGGCCAUGCGCGCCGGGCCAAGGCCCCCAGAGGCCCACACACAUGUGUGCACACACUCACGUCCACGCACACCCAGAUCACGGGGCCACCGCGCAGCGCCCGCCGCCCAGACAUCGCACACCCCGCCACUCGCUCCCACCGCCUCCCCGCGUCUUCACGCCGACGCCUCGGAGCGUGACGGGCGGCGGGCGGGACGCACGGCCUCAGGACUCCCGGAGGUGGGCCCCUUCCCGGCCGGUCUCCCCCCGCGCGCCCCAGUCCGGGAGCCGGGCCUGCGGCCCCCCGCCGUCCCGCACACCCUCCCCGCGCCCGCCCGGUCCGCCCCGCACUCACUGUCCGCCACGCUGCGGCUGCGGCUGCGGUCCGGGCUCCCGCGCGGCCUCGCCGGUGCCGGCGGGGCCGCGGAGGCGGCGGCAGGGGCGGAGCGGGCGGGCGCUGGUGCUGAGACCCCACUCCUGCCGCCAGAAGCCCCCCUCCUCCUGCGUUUAA